AUGGAGUCACUUGAAACUACUCCAGGGGUGAAAAGCUCCACAGAGGGUCAGGACAAAAAUGUUGCACAGAAAAAAUCAACAGCAGAGGUUGCACAGACGAGGAGGAGUCCAUGUGUUGAAGUGAAAGGGUGGCACCAACAACUGCAAGAAGGUCAGAGCAGAGAGGAAAUGUCUGACUCAGGGAAACUGUCACAAUUAGAAGAUCAGCAAAUCCUGUCCAAAAGCCAUCAAGAAUACGAGGUGUCUUCAUAUCCACCACCGGCCACAAAGCAGCUCCCCGUCGGCAGACAGAAAGUUGUAGGACAUGUGGCUUCUGCUCAGUCCCAUGGAGGAUGUGGACCUAUAUCUCACAAGAAGUCCCCGAGUUCACCUGGUGAAGCCCAGCAGCAGUGUUCAGGAAUGGAUCAGCUCUCAGAGACUGUGUGUAAGGAACAGAAAGCACAGAAACCAGGGAAGUAUGUUUGUGAUUACUGUGGAAGGGCAUGUGCCAAACCCAGCGUGCUUAAGAAACAUAUUCGCUCUCAUACCGGGGAACGGCCCUAUCCAUGUGUCCCCUGCGGAUUCUCCUUUAAAACCAAGAGCAAUUUAUACAAACACAGAAAGUCCCACGCUCACUCAGUCAAAGCUGGAACUGUGCCAUUCUCAGAACUUGGUUCUUACAAUGCCAAUACAGACCAGGGGUCUUUUGAAGGGGAAGGAGAGUUAUUCUCUGAUGCUGAGCAAAGCACGGACACGGACGAGGACACUCUUAAUGACCCGCUGCUGCUGUUGGACUCUCCAGUGGAGGGAUCAGAUAACACUGCUGUAAAGGUACUAAAUCUCAUUGCUCAGAAAAAGGGAGCCACGUCGAUGUCAGCUCAGGAUGGUUCAUCCCAGCCUCAAGAAAUCAAUGCAUCUUCUGCUGCUGCCGAGGCUAGCCGUGCAAUCCAAUCUUGCACAAUCAAACAGAGGCUCGCACUUCGGCUGUCUGAAAAAAGAAGUAGCGACUCUGAACAUAAUUUGUCCCUCCCAAGUCAAUCCAGCAAGGGCAGCACAGACUCUGGCUACUUUUCACGCUCAGAAAGUGCAGAGCACCAAACCGGACCCCCAAACACUAACGCAAAGUCAUAUCAAGAAAUCAUGUUCGGAAAGUGUUACAGGCCGAGCCCCAAACAGAUGACAGCGUUUGUGGCCUGUAGCACCAGUGAAUAUACAGGCAAACGCUCUGACAAAGGAGUUUCUCGUGUUUUCACCCAAGAAAAAGACAUCGUUGAGUCUAUCAGAAUAAACACAAAGUCAUUCAGUAGGGAGGAGGUAAAAGAACCACAGUUAGAGAGCAGCUCGGAUGUAGGGCCUCUGAUCAGAAGCAACUCAAUGCCAACAUCCUCGGCCGUCUGUCUGACGAUGCCCCAGGCCUUCAGAGGAAGCCACUCUUUUGAUGAGAGGACAAGCACCGGGGGCAUGAGGAGGCUCAGGCGGCAAGCUGCCUUCGAACUGUCUGCACAUGAUGGCCACACAGAAACCGACAGCCAUGGAAAAAUGAGUGAGAGUGGCAUUUCACCCUCAGGAUUGGAAAUGGAAAAUUACUCCUCUAUGGCAUCUAAUAUAAGUCAUCAGAGGCAUGCGAUGGAGCUGGCAACACGCAAACGUAGGAAAGAGAAAAGGGAGGAGGAGGAUUUACCCAUUCAGUAUGAAGCACAUCAUGAUCAGUGUGAGGAAAUGUUUGAUGAUUCUAAACAGGUCAGCCAAGGAAAAGGACAUUCUUCUAUUAUGCAGAUGGACAGGUGUGACAUGGACAUAUCAAGUCCCGAAAUGUCUGGUCGAAAAACCUUGGGGAAUGUAAUAUCAGUUAUCCAGCAUACAAACUCCAUAAACAGGCCUCACCCUGAGCAGUACAGUCAGAGACAGGAAAGCAUUUCCACUUUUCAAGUUAUGGAGUCAAGUGAGUCAUAUGAGUUGGAAAGGAGUGAUAGUAGACUGAGGCAGUCUUUUCAAAUGUGCCCCAAACUUGUGCGACAACCCAACAUCCAAGUCCCAGAAAUUCGGGUCACGGUAGAGCCUGACAGUCCCGAAAAAGCUCCAGAAGUCCAGGUAAAGGAGCCAGAGAAGCAUGUGGAAGAGUUUCAAUGGCCACAAAGGAGUGAAACUUUAGCACAAUUCCCUCCAGAAAAGCUGCCUCCAAAGAAGAAAAGGCUACGCUUAGCUGAUAUUGAGCACUCCUCUGGGGAAUCGAGUUUUGAGUCUGCUUGCACCAGUCUUUCUCGCAGUCCAAGCCAAGACAGCAACUUAUCUUAUAGCUCCACCUUCUCCUUUGACAGAGAGGAGAGCUUGAAGUCAGUCUCUCCAGCCAGGCAGGAUGAAUUUGGCAAACCUCUUGAGCUCUUAGCUGUGCCAGGAAGUGGGCACUCCCUCUCUGUGCUCAACCAGCGUCAACAACAUGAAAUGAGACGCUCCUCCUCAGAGCAGGCGCCUUGUAACUUGCGCAAGGAGUUCCCAGAGGUACGCAGCAUAUCAUUUGACUAUGGCAGCCUUUCUCCAACAUCCAAAGUUAGACACGUGGACAUUAGUGCUGUGAAGGAGAAAAGGAGGGGAAACUUGGUGAGGCAGGAGUCAUUGAAUAUGGACACUGAAGUAACACAAAUCUCAUCACAAGUAUUCCCGCAGUACCUCAGCGCCGCCUCCCCUCCAUUCACAGCAGUUGCUGUUCCGCCACAGACUUUGCCAAUAUUUUCAGCUGGGAAUACAUUUCCCCAGCUGUCACAUCCAAGUCUAUUAGUUCCUGUCAGAAUCCAGACUCAUGUGCCAUCUUACGGCAGCAUCACAUAUACUUCAGUAUCACAGAUUUUUGACAAUCAGUAUGAUAGCAUUGGCUCUCCUUCGCCCCCCUCUCACCAUACCUCUCGUUUAUCUGGAAAUCUCGACUCUCAUCAUGCUUAUAACAGACCUUCAUCAACACACACUCUCAGUGUCGAAGCCCUUGAUUUGUCAUCGACUAAGCUAAAGACAGGUAUCCCUCUCUCUCUGACCUCUCGAACUAUCUCCACCACUAACGCCUCCAGUGGUGGUGCAAACAAAAGGAUGCUAUCCCCUGCCAGCAGCCUGGACCUCUUCAUGGAGGUCAAGCAGCAAAAACGUGUGAAAGAGGAAAGAAUGUUUGGGCAGAUUGUUGAGGAGCUGAGUGCUGUGGAGCUGGGAAAAUGUAAUCUGAGUGAAGAGAAGGGGCACAGGUCAGAGAUGCAGGGUGCAUCCACACCUCAUGCUCAGGAUGACUCACGGAGGAGUAAAUUUAUCACACUUCAGCAAGUGACAGAGGCCACCGACCACGGAGUUGAGUCAGCUAUGGAAAGCAGCUCCUUGGAAACCAGCUCGCCACUGUACUCUGUGAUAUCAGUCAGCGAAGUAAAAGAGGCUAGAAUAGAGAAACGAGUGCAGAUGGAUAUGGUGGUGCAGCUGGUUUCCAGUCAAGACAUCUUGAUCUCAGAUGCAGAGAAUUCAAGACUGUUAUCUCAGUUUCCAAGUCUUCGCACAACGACAGGUGUGAGCUGGUGUUAUCUCAACUACACCAAGCCGAGCUGCUCUCCCGACAGUGCUCCUUUCUCCUCGGUGUACGCCACCUGGUGUGUGAGUUCCCACAACCCCAACCCUCCUGAACUGAGCACCGGCGCUGCUCUGGCACUGCUUCGGUCCAAACAGAGGGGAGACAAGGUGAUUUACAGCGUGGCCGCCAUGUGUCAGCCCGGCACUGGGAAACUGGUGUCAUCCCUCAUUCUGUGGAGGCAGACAAUGGAACAACUGCAGCGGAAACCGGAGCCCAAAGAGGUAGACAUCACCUACGGGAAGAAGGUGAAAGACAUGAGCUGCAGAGUGAAAACUGCCAAGGAGGAGUGGAAGGAGAGGGAGACGUCCACCACCCAAGCACUACCAACCCGGAUCAAGAUCUUUGAGGGAGGUUACAAGUCCAAUGAAGAUUACGUGUACGUCCGAGGCCGAGGUCGGGGGAAAUACAUUUGUGAGGAGUGUGGUAUCCGCUGUAAGAAGCCGAGCAUGUUGAAAAAACACAUCCGGACCCACACAGAUGUGAGACCAUACAUCUGCAGAGUCUGCAACUUUGCAUUUAAAACUAAAGGAAAUCUAACCAAACAUAUGAAGUCAAAGGCACACAUGAAGAAAUGCCUUGAGCUGGGAGUGUCAGUAUCCAUGGAUGAGACAGAGAUACAGGAACAUGUGGACGACGUUCAGCAAGAAUCCAAGACAGAGGCUGUUGUCACAACUAAACACCAGUUCUCAGAUGCGGACGACUCCGACGGCAUGGACGAAGAAGCAGAUGAGAUUGAUGAAGAUGACGAUGAGGAUGAUGAGUAUGAGGGUGACUCAACUCCGAAGCUGCGUUCCAGGAGUACGAGUCCUCAGCUGUGUGGGGUCACGUCGGUGUCGGUCACGGCCACUGCCACCGUCCACGGCUGCUCUCUGACCUCUCUGCCCGGAGAUCCCCGGCCACAGGCUCCGUGCCGGCGGAUGGACCCCCGACCGGGCCCCCAAAUGGACCAGAGGGACAAAUCUAUGGAUGAGGACUCUCUGACCAUGCUUUCUCCAGACCAGUCCAGCUUCCUCUUUGACCCGUACUCAUCUUGUCUGCUGUCUCCGGGCUGGGAGUCACCCAUCAGGGAGCCUUCGCCUUCACGUCUGCGAUACCCAUCCCCCCGGAGAGAACUCUCCCCCCGAGGUCGUUCCUCUCCCAGAUGGGACACCUCUUCUCUGAGGCCUGGCUCUCCCAGCUUGAUGCCUAUCCAACACCUCUCCCCGAUCUCUGUGGAGCGGUCUAUGUCUCCUGGGAUGGAGCUGGUGGGGAAGCGGGAGUCGUCAGUUAAAGGCCGGCAGAGGGUGGUGCUGAGGGCGGUGUCUCCACGGAGGGGCUCCCAUCAACACAAAGGCAGCGGUGAUAAAAGCAGACAUCAAGCAAAGAUUGACAUGGGUCAACAACAAGGAGCCUUUGAAAUGGAACUGGAUCAGCGGAUGGGCGUGGCCUCAUCUGUCCCCGCCUCCACCGGUUCCCAUCAGCAGAAUGUCCUCAGCCACCUCCCUCUGCACUCGCAGCAGCAGGCCCACUCUCUGCUCCCUGUUGUCCCCGUGGGGGGGGUGCAGAUGCAACGCUCCCCGCCGUCCUCCUCAGCGCCGAGCCCUCUCAGCGGUGAGGGGUCCGUCCACAGUGUAAAGCCCAGAGGGGGAGGAGACGAGUCGGAAGACAAGAGCCCGGAGGCCGGUGUGGGCGGAGACACCGGACAGGAGGAGAACGUCCAAACCUGCAUGAAAGCCAUCGCCUCACUAAAGAUAACCACAGAGGACCCCCAUUAAAGAGUCCCCCCCACCCCCCACCCCCUGCUACAACCUAGUGUCCUCAGCCCUUUAGGCACAUAAGCUCGUGUUUAUCGCAUUAGAGGCAAUAGAACAACACCUCCUCUGGUCCUGCACAUCCUUUAGAUGGCUCCUUUUGGAAUCCCAGUGGAGAUAGAAGAACCCACCCUGUCUCAUGUGCUCUUCUCUUCACAGAAUUUUUAACAGUGACUGGACGAGCAGCAAGGUGGAAAAUCAUUAUUGGGUGCAGGUGCAAUAUGGAAAGAUAUUAAGCUAAUAUGCCUUUGUUUGACAUAGUAGUUUGCGUACAAUUGCACAUAAAUUAUAUUUAUGAAUUCUGUACAAAUGUCCUUAACCUAUAAUCCUUCUUAGAUGCAUACAAACAGUAUAUUUUACUGUACGUGUACUUUGAAAAUAGACUGUUGUUUAAUGUAAUCAUAUCAAGGUGUGAUACAGUAGUGCAGUAAAUACUAAAGACUAUUUAUAAGGGGAAAAAGUAUGUGUAUUAUGAAAGUCUGACCAAAUUUUAAGUAGAAGCUUCUUGUGCAGUUUGGUGCUUCUGAUCAAGCGGCAAGGGUCUGUGCCUUUAUUUUGCUUUUCAUCAUUUUGUUUAUCUCACAAGGUUGUUGUUGAAUAAGGAAAAGAAAAAAAAAAAAGAACAAAAAUCUGUGGAGGUACUCUUUAUUCAGACAGUCGCAGUCAGAGGCGGAGGAUUUGGAUGCAAGGAUUUAUGCUGUCGGGUUUUGCUGACAGGCAGAUGCAGCUUGAUUUUUUUUCUUAAAAACGUCUAAAAAUUUCUUUAAAGACGUUUCUUAUGUUGCGUUUUUUUCUUAAUGUUGUGGUUUUUAUCUUGGUAAAAAUGCAUGGGAUUUGCUAUUGCACAAAAAUAGAGGAUGUUAACAUGUAAUUAUGAAAACUGUAAGAUGUAUUUAUAUAUUAGAACGUAAGCACUUAUUGAUACUGGUAAAUAUUUGACUACUAUUUAUAUGGUAUAUCUGUACUUAUGCAGCAGUGAUGCAGUUAUGCAGUGAGCCACGCUGGCAUUGCUUUUUGCUUUGUUUAAACAGCUUUUUCCUCUAUUAUACAAGACGACCAUAAGCGUUUUAUGACGAGUUUUGACGAUGCACUUUCAUCCUUUUCAUCUAUUGAUGUUUCUAACUGGCUCAGUCAGUGACGUGGGAAAGUAAAACAGAUUUUGUUCUCUUGUAGUUUUGAAACAUUCCAGUUCUUUUCUUUUUCUUACUGUGUGAAACACGUUGCACACAAAUUCAAGGGGCUAUGACGAUCAGUCAAUAGUGCAUAUUUUUUUCAUGCAUUUCAAGUGUAACUGGAUGAAUCAUGAUCACUUACUCUAAAUAUUACUAAAGUAACGAUAUGAGUUGGUUGACUAUUACUGGGCUUCAGCUCAAAAUGUAAGUAAUCAUUCACCAAAUGCAUUACUUCCUCUUCUUCUCUGUAUAUAUAUGUGUAUUUUUAUGAUUUAAACUAUUUUUGCAGUGUUGAAUUCUGAAAACUUUUUAUGUGGAUUGUUUAUAUCUCUCUAAGAGGUAAAAUGUGUGCAGUUGAUGAUGGAGGUUUUAGCGAAGGUGAAAAACAGCACAGUGUCGAAUGAAACACAGCGUGUCUCAUCUUUUUACAAAUGUAUUCACAUCUUCAAGUGAAUCUCAGUUUGAAAAUGGAGGUAAAAAUCAGAAAACACUUUGUUCACUCAUGUUUACAUAAAAAAAUAUUUUAAAGGUGCACUGCUUUAAUUUUGUGGGUUUUUUCCCUUUCUAAAGAUGUAUGUAGCUAUGAUUUUAUGGUUCCUGUAAUUUUAUUUGUCGUGAUAUCAGUGCAAGAAUGCUCCUAAAAUGUGAAGGGAAAGUGAAGCCUUUUUAUUUUUUGUUUUUUGCUUUGGCAUAUGUACUCCGAUUGUGUUUGUGUUUUUGUUUUUAUUGUGUAUUCAUAUUUACUGAACAGCAUUGUGCCUCUCAUGUCUAUGAAAUUCCCUGUAAAACAACACAGAGGACAAAUCAUUUACCUCUCAGCUAAAAUUUUUUUGGGGAAAAACCCCUCAGUAGCCAAUCCGUUGUUUAGCGAUAUUUGCAUCAGAUCUGGUUUGUCAGGAUGGAGUGCCUCUUUUAUGCUAUGGGGAAUUUAUUGUUUGGUGCUCUACUUUUUCAAAUUAAACUCAAAAUUGUUUUAAAAGAAUAUACUUCUAACCCAA